CGCUCGCGCGCUGGCCGCAGUGCCGCGCCGACCGCCGCGCGACUCGCACGCGACCGUGUCGAACAAACCCGUAGCCGCCACUCGCGCCUGUGAACCUGUGCCCUGUGUGAAACGUCAAACGUCCCAAAAGACGACAAAUCGUGCACCGGCAGUUUGCACCAGCAUGUAGUGAUAGGACAUCGCAACAAUUAACACGUGCGAAAAAAACAAUAUGGCGGACAUAAUCGACAUCGACGCAGGCGUCGACGAGGACCUAGCGUUCGACUACGAUACAACAAAAAUACCGGAAAUAGUCACCCCGGACGAGAUGAACGAAUCCGGGUACCAGGAGGGAUCGGAACAGAGUUACGGCGAGCGGAGGGAUUCGAAGGAGGGUUUCGGCGGCGAGGGUGAUUCGGACAGCGGCGUGGACGGCGUGAGUAGCGGGUGCAGCACCGCGGACGACUGCCCCGUGGUGUCCAUCAAUGAUGUGGUGGCGUACUACGACGACGUGCGCCCGCGCCGCCGCCACGUGCCGCAGCUCAGUUUCUACAACGUGGACAUCGAGAGGCUGACGCUGGACGCUCUAGUACAGAGCGAAUCGAGCUACACGUCGUCGGAGGAAGGUUGCGGCGGCGGCGAGCGGCACGCCGUGCUCAGCUACGAGCAGGUGCGGCGGCUGAACGACGUGAUGGACGAGGUGGUCGCCAUCCACGGGCGCGGCAACUUCCCCACGCUGCAGGUGCGCCUGCGCGAGCUGGUGGCGGGCGUGCGCGCGCGGCUGGAGGCGGCGCCGAGCGCGGGCGGCGCGGGCGUGCUCGUGCGCGACGUGCGCCUCAACGGCGGCGCCGCCAGCCACGUGCUCGCCGACCGGCCCCAGCCCUACUCCGAUAUCGACCUCAUCUUCACGGCCGACCUGCCCACGGCGCGCCACUGCGACCGUGUCAAGGCGGCCGUGCUCGGACACCUCGCCACGCUGAUGCCGGCCGCCACGCCGCGCCGCCGCGCCACGCCGGCCGGACUCAAGGAGGCCUACGUCUCCAAGAUGGUGCGCGUCAACUCCGACGGCGACCGGUGGUCGCUCAUCUCGCUGGGCAACUCGCGCGGUCACAAGUCCGUCGAGCUCAAGUUCGUCGACACGAUGCGCCGACAGUUCGAGUUCUCCGUGGACUCCUUCCAGAUCGCACUGGACUCGCUGCUCGCGUUCCACGAGUGCGCUCAGUUGCCGAUCGGCGAGAACUUCUAUCCGACCGUGGUCGGGGAGUCCGUGUACGGCGACUUCCACGAGGCGUUGCUCCACCUCUCGGAGAAGCUGAUCGCGACGCGACAGCCCGAGGAGAUUCGCGGCGGCGGACUGCUCAAGUAUUGCGCCCUGCUCGCCAAGGGCUACCGACCGGCGCGGCCCGACAAGAUCAAGACGCUGGAGCGCUACAUGUGCUCAAGGUUCUUUAUCGACUUCCCGGAGCUCGGGCAACAGCGCGCCAAGCUCGAGGCUUACCUGCGAAACCACUUCGUCGGCCGCGAGGAGGAAGCACUUAAGCAUAGGUACCUGACGCUGCUGCACGGCGUGGUGCGCGAGUCGACGGUGUGCCUGAUGGGGCACGAGCGGCGGCAGACGCUGGCGCUGAUCGAGGCGCUGGCGUGCCGCGAGCUGUGCGCGCGCGCGGUGCUGGUGCCGUACGUGGUGUGCGUGGCGUGCGCGGGCGGCGCGUGCGCGGCGUGCGGCUGCGCGUGCGCGUGCUGCGCCUGCGGGUACGCGCCGUGCUGCGAGUGCUGCCGGCCCGCGCUGUGCCCCGCGUGACCGCCGCGCGCCCGCCCGCCUCCUACCUAGUGCCAAAUGUAUAUACGGAUUGAAGCGUGUGUGCCCCGCGGAGCAGCCUGUCAAUUGGACCCCGCUCGCGUGGUAUCAAUUUCCAUCGUCAAUUGUGGUGAGCCGGCGGCGGCGGACGCGUGAACUAAUUUCUAGUCGUACUCCUUUCGUGUUGAUCGGUUAAUAUGUCAGCAGUACGAAAAUUACACUCCACGCGGGCGGCGCCGGGCUCGCGCCGGGGGCGAGUCCCACUCGACCACCUGCCUAUGAAAAAGACUAGUUAGUUAUUUUUAAGCUUCUAUGUAUAGGAUCCGUCACCGUUAAUGUAGUAGUGGCAUGUCUCUCGCCGUCGUAGUCUGAGAUCGAAGUAUUGUCAAGCGGGGAGAGUUUGCGCGGCGUGGAGUGUGGUGGAGACGAGAGUGGGUCGCGGUGGAGCCAGUGGUCGUGGGGAGUGAGGACAGCAACGGCCUUCAGCGGCACGGCGAGCAGCCCCGGCCGACACAGAGAACUUAUUUUACUAUAUAUUUAUGAAUCUGAACUGAAAACACGUAUGUAUACACGACACGUGACCGCUCUAGUAUUGUAUACGGCUUGGCGUACAAAUAACGAUCUAACAUAUACAUAUAUAACAAAAAAAAAACAUAAAAACCCCCAAAAAAAUAAAUAUAAACUAAGGUGUGUACAAUAUUAAAGUUCACGCUUUUUGAACACUAAAAAAAUAUAAAAAAAUCCAUUAUAUAUAAAGAUAUUUUAAGAUCAUAUACAAGUAGUGUCGUCAGAUUAGUUACACAGAUGUACUUAUGAAAAUGUUUUUUGUUUUUCAUAUAAUUAACAUUUCAUCAUACGAUUAAAGUUGUAGAGGUUACGAAGAAAGAAUAUUGUGAUUUUAUUGUUGUAGUGUAAAGUGUUGUCGAUGAAUAUAAUUAUAUUACUUAACAUAGUUUAAAUCCAAUAGAGAGAUGUACUAUUAUUGUUGUAUUUACUUGCGGGGCGUGUUAACUACGGAGGUAAGUGUUUCCGGCCAUCGCGUGGUGCAGUCGCACGACGCUGCCCGUGCGGCCGACUGCCGACUGCGGACUGCCGACUGCGGUCUGCCGACUGCCGACGCGGGCGACGUGUCUCGCAGCUCGCUCUACUGUCUAGUGUAUACUCGUAUAUGUGUAUUGUAAAUGGAACGUAUAUCCCAUGUAAACAAGUACAAUUUAACUUCUAAACUAUUGAACAAUUUAUCGAGUUUACGAACGAAUUUGUUACUUGCUCACUAUCGAACCAAAAUUUAAGAUCUCAUUUUUGUGUAUUUGAUGUUGACGUUCUAAAUUUCUGUGGCACUGACGCUCUGCUCUUUGUGCGUUACGUUUGAGAAAUCUUUUAGACUCGUCACACGGCGUUCCAGUAGACGUUUCUCCCUCGCCACGUUCCGUUUCACACAAUCUGCCGUGCAUGUUUACAAAAACUGUAUUAGUUUGUACCUGUAUGAAGUCUUCAAACUUUUUGAGUUUUAAGCGUUUCUUUUAUGAGUAAAACGGAACGGGUUGAGCUGUAGAGCUAUGUAGUUCCAAAUCAUCUGUACUUAGAGAUAAAUGAAGUACAUAAAAAUAGUUAAACAAAAUGUAAACUUAUAUUCCAUAUUUGUAAUGCGUGAAUGUAAUUUUUUGAGGAUAAACCUCUUUAGCGUGGCGUCGCGAGUAAUAGUUAAAUAAUGUAAAAAUAUUUGCUUUUCGAAACGGCAAAAUGUACCAGGACAUCAUGAAACAGAAGGUCCAUUUUGUUACACUUAAAGAACUUAACGAACGUUCCAAAUUCAAAAUCGGAACAGAGCUGUGUGAGAAAUUAAAAGUAAAUACAUUUGUUUGUUUAGAGUAAAAAGUAUAUUCAUCUAUUUUCGGGAUAUUUUGAUACUCAGCAUGGCUGAGUUGGUCCGCUAAAGAGGUUUCGGCCGUGUGGUGGCCACGCUGGGUGGACGCCACGUUUUAUUAUCACUAGUGUAACUCGCUACUAUAUCGAGACGGGCGUGUGUGAGUUGUGAUUCGUAGUUUUUCGACGUCUAUUUUAAACGCCAUUCUAUCGUCAUUGUAAAAUAACUGUGAUUGUUAUACUUUAUAUUUGUAAAAAGGAUUUAUUGGCGAGUUCCGUUAUAAAACUACCUCCUCGCGUGAACUUGGAAAUUCUUAUAUAUUUUUUGUAAUUUUACAUGUCCACGCUAUGGGGCAAGCUGCGUGUUCGAAGCUAAUUGAGGAUUGUUAUACGAAAUUCUUGAAGGUUGAAGGACAUAGGCUCUCCCAUAGCGGGGUCCAUUUUGCAUCAUCCAGAGAUCAGUCGAAUGAGCACGACGCGUUCCGUGCCCUCCAGUAUGCUCUGAUGAUGGAGCAUGGUCCGAGACAGCUUGUUUACAGUUAGUUCUUCCGUACACGGCGGCGUCACAACCAGCCGCCUGAGAGACAUUGCAUUAUAGUUUAGGAUUUAUUAUUCUAAAGUUACCAUCAGUUUUCAGCUAGCCUUAUUUUGUAAUGUUUAAUUUGUAUUUCUAAGCACUGGUCAGACGGCGUAUGCGUGCAUAUGUAUGUUGUAUGUAUAUAUGGAACGGUUUGGGUGUUAUUGGGAUGGUACAAAGGCUCUCUGAUUGGCUUGUGGCAUCUUAAUAGGUGAAAUUAUUUUUGUAUGCGUCAAAACGAUUGCAGAUCUUUCUUCAAUUCAUGUCAGAUUGCAGUAGUAAAUUAAUUUUAAAAAUCAUUGCGUGAAUCAACGAGACCUCGUAGAUUUAAAGGUCGCGCCACACCUUUCUUAGUCAUAAUAGUCAAAUCCUAACCUCAAUUAUGUAUGACAAUUUAUUGGCCAUAAGUCUUGCCGCGCCUAAACUGUUUUAAUUUAAUUGAUUUAAACUAAGAUCUACGUAUAAUUACGUUCCAGGGCCUUAACGACUUGCGAUUUCUUAAACCAUGAAAUGCGUAUAUUAUAUUAAGAAUUGAGACCUAACUCUUGACACUUGCAAAUGUCCGAGACGCGACCUUGGCGCGGCAUGGUGGGAAAAUUACCCGCAAUUAUAACAACCUCGCUCAAACAGCGGGAUUAACUAAACGCGAGAUAAUUUGCCUUAGCCUUUCUUUCGUUAUCUUAUCAAAUAAUUUUUCCAUUACUUCAGUUCAUGACGGUAGAUAUUUGGCUAAUCGGUCAUCAUAAACGAAAUUCAAGGGCAAUUUAAAUUGAUAAAGUGUUUAUUAUACUUUCAUAAUUUUAAUGACGAAGUUUCGUUCUACGCAACAACUAAAAUUAACUUUAAAUGCGCACUUCUAUACAUUUUCUUUUAGGAAUAACAUUCAUUAGGAAGACGAUGACGGCGUAUGACAUAAGUUGGAGAAAGCUCAUUGCAUAUUGAAAACGUUUUGCGCAUACCAAUCGUUGGAAAAUGAUAGUUCCACACUUAAGCAUUUAUUCGACACUAAUUCGACGAGUUGGUGUGCUGUACGGGCGUGGUCGCUGUGGCGUUUAAAUAGGAUUGUGUUUAUGGCGCGAAAAUAUAUCAAAUGUAUUUAAGGUUAAAAUAUUGAACACACAAAUUUCGAAGUGAUAAACUACGCACUUUUGAUUCAAUUUGCAGACUAUUGUUAAUCUACUAUCUUUUUUUUUAUAUUAAUUGAUUCAAAUAUAGAAUUCAGUGUAAAAAAUGUAAAACAGAGAAAUAUGGCGUAAAUUUUUUCAUCUAAGAAAUUGUGACAAAUAUGUCAACAGCUAUACACAACUGACAAACAGGAUAUCACUUUCCGGAUUGAAAUGUGAACCGGUAAACACUGGGAAUUGUUCUGGGAAAAUAUAACGGAAACCGGUAAUCCGCCGGGAUAAACGCUACAGCCAUCAUAUCCGAUACUUUACCGAUGUUUCAAAUUGGUCUUAUCGUGUGAAACAAUGUACGCAUGCGCCGAAAUAAAGCGCGGCUCGGUAUCUGGGGUAUUGCCGGCGAAACAGCUAUGCAGGUCUAAAGUCCUAUUAAAAUACUAUUUUUUGAUUAUUUGCAUGUGUACAAAAGUCCAGAUAUGACAUUUUUUAUUAUUCAAAUAAAUUACAAACUAAUUUAAAAGGCAAUGAUAAACUAAUAAAAUACCACAGUCAAAAAUUUAUUACUUUAAAAUGUUACUAUUUAAUAAUGAUAAAACAUUAUGCAUGCUAUUUUGUAUGAAACCCAAACAGGGUAAAACCUAUACUACUCCGUUCAUAUUAAACACAUCAAAGGGUUAAUAAAAAUGCAACAGCCGGUCGAACCAACGUACAAUUAAUAAUUCGCGCUAAUAACAUUCGGCGAUUGCUUUAUUUGCGAAAAUUGCACUUCAUUUUAAUUGCAAACCAAAUUGUUGCCUUUGUACAAAACAUUUGCUUAUAAUUCGGCUGAACAGGAAAUGUGUGAACCGCUUUAAUAUUCAAUGCAAAAAUAUUUUGAAAGCGUGUAGUGAGAAUUACGAGAUAUUUUUAUACUAUUUGCAAAAACAAUUUCGGCCUAAAAUACCACGUAAAGAUUUUAUGAUUGUUUUUUGUAACAUCAGAUAGUGAGCACGUCUUCUCAAACUUAAUAUUUCGUAAUUAAAAUUGAAAAACUACAUUACUUUUAAUGCGAUUUUCAUUGUCAUAUCUGGAUCAGUUCCGAGCCACCCCACAGCUGUUCCGCAGGCAAGCAGAUCGCGGCGCCCGCGCAGUGUCGGUCACAUCGCUCAUAUGUUAAAAGCGACGGCCGACACAAAACAGACUCUCUAGCAUAGGGUUUAUAGAUCAUAACGCCUUACGUUUGUAUUAAGCUUAUCGUUAGUUUUAUCGAAAAAAAAUAUUUACACUGUAACCUAAUUCCCAUCACUUCGAGGUUGUCGUCCCGCACCCGCGGGACUGUUGUUGCGAUGCAUAUUAAACUUUACAUAUAUAUAUUUGUGAGGAGUUUUAAGCUAUUGUAAAUUUUACAGAAAAAUUAAAUAAAAAUGUUGUGAAAAAAUAAAUUAUAAAAAAGUGAUAUAAACAGCGA